UCGAUGUGGGAUGAGGAUAGAAACAUGGCGGCGGCUCUGGUCCAGAUGUCCUGUCGGUACCGGGGCAUGUUAGCGGUGAGAGCCACCGGGAUCCGGACUCUGAUCCCCGGCCUGGUCCCGGUCCAGUUCAGGGCCUUUUCUGUGCGGAAGGAUCCGGAUCUGGAGGAAAACCCGUUCUACCAGAAGUACCAGGACAAGAUCCGGCAGCUGCGGAGUUCUAAACCUCAGGAGUUCAAGGCUCGGCUGGAGAAUCGACACCAGACCAAACAGGAAGUCCUGGGUCGUUCCAAACAGGCUGAGUUUGUGAAGCUGAUGGAGCAGGAGCUGGAGCAACGGGACAGGAAGUCAGGUGACCAACAGUCAGCUGUGUUCAGGAAAAACAAGACUCUGGACUCCAUCUUGAACCUGGACAUGAUUCAGGAUAAAACAGGUGAAGACAUCUCACAGCUCUGGAUGAAGUACUUCUCGACCCAGGACACGAUCAGCGCCGUGAUACCGACUCACACGUAUGAGCUGAUCCACAGCAGAGCUCAGAGCUGUCCCAUGUUCCUGUACGCUCUACCUCAGAUGGAUGGUUACGAGUUCUUCGUGGGUCAGUGGUCCGGACACCAGUUGCACUUCACCUCCCUGAUCAACGUCCAGACUCUGGGUGAGAACGCCCCCAGUCAGCUGAUCCUCUACCAUUACCCCGAGCUGAAGGACCGAGGCCUGGUCCUGAUGACGGCCGAGCGCGACAACAACUUCAUAACGCUGCAUCAGGCUCAGUGUUUGGCCAAUCAGGUGCAGCUGUUCUACGGCUCUCAGAGACAGGAAACGUUCCGAUUGGUGGAGACGUUUAACCACACCCCCGCGGACUUUAAGCACAUGGCGGUGAUCGCAGAACUGGAACAGAGCGGACUGGGACCGGGACUGAACCAGAAGCAGGAUAAACCAGGACAGAACCAGACCCCAGAGAGCUGAGGGGAGCCAGAUGGACCAGGUCUACAGACAGACCCAGAUAAACCAGGAUGGGAGUGUGAUACACACCUGGACUGAUCAUGUGAUCACACAGGAGACUGUCAAUCAAUACUUGUUAACAGGACCGAAUGUGGACCUGAAACCAGAAUAAAACCCACAGAGUAUG